GAUUGCUUCAGUUUCAGUUCGCGAUGGAGGCUACUUGCUCCUUCUAGUGGUAGCUACCGCCGUCGUCGGUCUAUCCUGUGUCGAGGGAGAGCGAACAAACUACAAAAGGGUGGGGAGGAGAGGAAAGGAAAGAAAGAGGGAGGGUGAGAGAGGGAGCGAGAGGAAGCGAAAGUGUUAAAGGGGGGAAAAGAAAAGGAAGAUACGCGGGAAACAGCGUGGUCGCGAAAGAAGUUUGGAUAAGGAAAAGCGUGUGGAUGUACCAGGCGGGGGUUAAAGGUGACCAAAGAGACGCGCGAACGUGGAAAUCCAAGAAUGAACAACGAUAUACGAAGCAUCGCGUAUUCGAAACAGGAUCUCGUUUGGAAAGAAGCAACUGAAUCGAAUCGAUACUCAUCGAACGCGGUCGUAAGAAUCGAAGAUAGUGAAUCGAUAUAUCGUGGAUGAACAGAUACGGGUGUCCCGUGAACGAUGAAUCGUGUGUAGUGAUCAAAUCGUCUAGUAAGUUCCCUUAUUUAAAUUGUAUAGAAAUUGGCACGCGGGUGCUUGGAAGUUGGUUCCGCGAUGUAAAUAACGACGUUGCGCACGUAUUUCUCAUCGAUUCGUCGGAUCAGUGACAUCGAACAAAUUUUGAAAGGAUCGUCUCCGAAAGAUUGUCUGCUUCGAUCGGUGGAAGAUCCAACGGGCGGAGGAGAAGAAUACGAGAAGACAAGCGGAGGAAGAGAAACGUGGGGCCAAAGGAAGCGUAGAAAGGAGUUGGAGCGCGCGAUCCGAAGAAUCGGCGCGCAUGGUGGUGCACGGAAAAAUUGCGCUUAGCUGUAGGGUCGGCGAAGAUCGGCGUUGAGUAAAGACGACGGUGAAGCGGUGUAUCGGAGCGGCGGCGGUAGCGGCGGUGGCGCGGCGGCGGAGAGGCGGAGGGACGCCGUCGAAGACGAUGCUCGGGAGGAUCGGAAGAGAGGAGGUGUUCUCCGGCAAUGGCUGAUCGCGGCCGGCGCUAUGCUCGCGGCAUAUAAGAACGCGCGAAGACGUGCGUUCGCCGCGCUUUACGCGAUUCCGAAUUCGAAGCAGCAGAAGCGUUCCGUGGUGGAAGCGCCGCGUUACCUUCGUAGCGGGACAUAGAAUCGUCGAACGUAGAUCGUGGUCGGCCUCGUCCAGUCAGAGAUAUCGCGACACGUUCGAGCCGAUUAUUUAUCGCGCGUUCUCGUAGAUCGCAUAGAUUGAGCGCGCGAUUGCGAUGCGCGACUCGACGCGUCGUCGGUCGAUCGCGGUCGAAUGAUCGUUGGAGAAGCGGCGCUAUCGGUGAGGAAACAAGAGGAAUCCAGUGGUUCGAUAGCAGGGACUUUCGGUGGGCGAAAACGUUUCGGAGAAGCGCGAUUCCGAGGAGAGGAACACGGUGGUGGUGCGUGCCGAUGGUCGUCCGCUGCUGCAUGCCCUCGAAGACGCGUGGCGGCGGUCAUGCCGCGUGAUUCGAACCGAUAUCAUCGUCGUCGUCGUCGCCGUCGUCGUCGUCGUCGCGUAACCGUCCAAUCGCCAAGGAUCGUCGACGUAAGGAAAGUGUCGUCGUGGUUGUUCGUAAAACGCGGUGGUGAAGCGACAGCAGCGGAAACAUGAGCUCGAUCGACUUCGACGAGGUGUUGGUGCACGUGGGCGAGAAGGGCAAAUAUCAGAAUAUCAUGUACUAUCUUCUUUGCAUAUCGGCCACUCUUCCCGCGGCUUUUCUCGCGUUUUCGCAAGUGUUCGUGAGCGCGUCUCCGGAGCAUUGGUGCAGAAUUCCGGAGUUGGAGAAUCUGACGGAUCUGAUGACGUUGGAGGAGAGAAAGGCGCUCUCGCUACCAUACGUAGAGAAGUCGGAGGGCAAAGUGAAGAAGUACUCCAAGUGUAAAAUGUACGAUGUAAACUACACGGCGAUAGUGGAAUCGUGGUUGGAGCGCGCGGUCCUCGAGAACGCAACGAAGGAAGAGGGUGAGGAGCCGGUGAGGUCGAGGACUAGAUUGCCACCGCCACCGGUCGGUAACCCUGACUGGCCCGUGACCAAGUGUCGACACGGAUGGAUCUACGAUACUCGAGACUACGACAGCACUCUUGUCACCGAGCUAGACUUGGUAUGCGACAACAGCUGGUGGCCUUCCACAUCUACGACCUUCUUCUACGUCGGCAGUCUGUUUGGGAACGUGGUGUUUGGCUGGAUCGCAGACAAAUGGGGUAGGAGGACGGCGCUCUUCGCUAUACUUUUCCUCGAGGUGAUAUUCUCGAUCGCCACCAGUUUCAGCCCCAACUACGUCAUCUACACGGCGUUGAGGACCGUGAACGGUCUCUCUUUCCCAGCCAUUUAUCAGAUACCCUUUAUACUAGCUCUGGAGUUGAUGGGCCCGAGGUACAGAACGUUCGCCGGAAUGGUCAUUAGCAUGUUCUUCGCGUCGGCGAUGUCUCUUCUAGCCGUGCUGGGUUACUUGCUCAGGCAUUGGUUCACCCUGUCACUGGCUACCUCGGUUCCGUUCGUUCUUCUCUUCAGCUACUACUGGAUCAUUCCGGAGUCACCGCGAUGGCUUCUCAGCAAGAACAGGAUAGACGAGGCGGAGGUGAUCGUGCAACGAAUGGCGAAGAUCAACGGUAGAACGGUGCCGAACAACUUUCUGAGAAAAAUGGAGGUGGAGAUUCUGCGAAGGCAAGGGGUGUCCUGCAACGGGACGAAUUCAGGAGAGAAUCCGGAACCGAAUCCGGAGACCGAGGAUCGAUCGCCACCACCGGCAGCUACGCCAAUGGAUUUAAUCAGAAACCCGAACAUAAGGAAAAAGUUCUUCAUCCUGGCGUUCGACUGGGUGGCAAACGCGGUCGUCUACAAUGGACUGUCGUAUAACGCGACGAAUCUCGGUGUCUCCGAUUAUCUAGCCUUCUUCAUCGGUGGACUCGUGGAGAUACCGUCGUACGUGAUAACGUGGUACGCUAUGGACCGGCUGGGCAGGCGAUGGGUAUUGUGCCUGACGAUGCUUCUAGGCGGACUCGCUUGCGUCUCCUGCAUGUUCGUUCCCGAAGCAGACGCCGUAUGGGUGACUGUAUCUCUGGCAAUGAUCGGCAAGUUCGGUAUCGCCGCGUCGUUCGCGGUCUUCUACGUGUUCGUCGGCGAGCUGUUGCCGACGGUGUUGAGAUCGCAAGCGAUGGGGAUCGCCUCGUUCAUCGCCGGCAUCGGGCUGCUCGCUUUCCCGUACAUCGUUCACCUGGCGGUCUACUCGAGAGUUCUGCCGCUGAUCAUAAUGGGCACGCUCAGCGUCGCCGGAGCUCUCACGUCCAUCUUUCUGCCGGAAACCCUCAAUAUUCACCUGCCGCAAACGAUCGAGGAGGGCGAGUUGUUCGGAGCCGACUUCAAGCUCUGGUCCUGCCCUACGUUACCAAAGUCAGUAUCGUCGUCGUUGUCGUCCUCGUCGUCGUCGUCGCCGUCGUCUUUGUCUUUGUCCUCGCGAUCGCUGUUUCCGCGUGAGAACGACGAUGAUGCGUUUUUCAGGAAGGAGAGCGCAGACUCGAACAACAAGUCGGAGUCCGUGCCACUGAGAUUCCUGGUGAACGGACGCCCGGGAAAUCGUUCGUUGCCAUCCGCUUCGUUGCAAGAGGAGUCAGCGGCACCAGCAGCAGCGGAAGUAGCAACAACGCCUACCACGACCCACCUGGAAGCCGAGAAUUCGCCGUCCGUUGAACGCGCGAGCGCAACUGAACAGGAUACAGGAAAGGAGCUCGCGCUGCCCGUUGACAAACGCGUCGACGAUCCACUGAUUAUCGUCGUGGAACAGAGACGAACGCAGUGAAUCGAACAGUGGCAGAACAAGCCACGCGCUUCUA